AUGAAUGAAAAGACCAAUAACAAGAAAAGAAUCUCCAAAAUGACGAGUAAAUCAUUCCUGUGGGGUGUUAUGGCCGCCUCGUUAACGUGGUCCAUCAGCCUGUAUCUGUACUGGAACCUGAGCAACACGCCAACAACCAACGGUGCAAUAGGAGGUGAGUUUCGAUUGGCAAAAACACCAACUUCCCCGGCCGUAUUAGGAGAAGAUUCCCGACAAUAUCACAACAAUCUCUUUGGAGCUUCGGACGAAAGACUGCGACUAAAGUCAUCCAAGUUAGGAGACAAGCGCGACAGCCUGUUCAAGGAAAAAUACGCUCGGUUUAUGCAUGAGAAGGAAAAACGUCGCAUCAGCCAUCGGCUGAUUGACCAGCUGCAACCCAUGCUUCCGAACGGGACGGAUGAGUUCGGCAUGGUCCAAAAUUCAGAGGAGCAGUUUAUACGUGAUAUCGGUUACAGGAAGCACGCGUUUAACGUACUCGUCAGUAACAAACUGGGGCCGUUUCGACCGAUUCCGGACACACGACAUAAACUAUGUCAAGCGCAAGUUUACGAUAAGGUGCUUCCAGUCGCAUCUAUCGUGAUGUGUUUCUACAACGAACAUCUCGAAACGCUGGUACGCUCCGUUCAAUCGGUGCUUAAGCGAACACCCGCUUACCUGUUAAGGGAGUUAAUUCUCGUGGAUGAUUGUAGCGACUUCGAAGAUCUAACUGUUGGAGGACGAUUAGAGGAUGAGCUGAAGCAAUUAGGCACACAAAAAUUGCGUCUCCUGCGAAACAUCAAUCGUGAAGGGUUGAUGCGGUCUCGGGUUUACGGUGCUCGUAAUGCCACCGGCCAAGUGCUAAUCUUCCUAGAUAGCCAUAUCGAAGUGAACGUUAAUUGGGUCGAACCACUGCUGGCGCGCAUCAAGCACGAUCGUACCAUCCUGGCAAUGCCCGUUAUCGAUAUCAUUAACUCCGACACAUUCGUGUACACGGCCAGUCCGCUUGUUCGGGGCGGAUUCAACUGGGGUUUACACUUCAAGUGGGACAACCUACCGAAAGGUAGUCUCGAGCGGGACAGUGAUUUCAUCGGUCCGUUCAACUCGCCGACGAUGGCCGGUGGCCUGUUUGCCAUUGAUCGGACAUACUUCAAGGAGCUUGGCGAGUACGACAUGGGCAUGGACGUGUGGGGUGGCGAAAAUCUGGAGAUUUCUUUUCGCACCUGGCAAUGCGGUGGCUCGAUUGAGUUACUGCCCUGUUCCCGUAUUGGUCAUGUGUUUCGCAAACGACGGCCAUACGGCUCUCCGGACGGAAAAGAUACAAUGAUACGAAACUCUCUUCGAUUAGCGCAUGUCUGGAUGGAUGACUACAUACGAUUCUUCUUCGAGCAGCAACCACAGGCACGCCACGUUUCUUACGGUAACGUGAGCGAGCGACAACAGCUACGCGAACGUCUUGGGUGCAAACCGUUUCGAUGGUAUUUAGACAACAUCUAUCCGCAACUGCGCGUACCAGGGGAAAAGGCUGUUGAUGAGACCGGCGAUGCUACGCAGCCCAAAUUUGAACCAUGGCAUUCGCGCAAGAGAAAUUACGUGGCAAGUUUUCAGAUACGCCUGUCGAACAGUACGUUAUGCCUCUCAACAGAACGGGACAGCGAGAAAAGCCUCUGGAAGAAGGGUUCCGGUUUGGCGUUACAGCCAUGCUUGCGCGUUAAGCAGCAGAUUUGGUACGAAACCGAAAAGUCAGAGCUUGUGUUGGGCCAGCUGCUGUGUUUGGACGCACCUUCUAGUGCAACCAAGGGGCAACCGAAGCUGAAUAAAUGUCACGAAAUGGGUGGUGAUCAAGCAUGGAAACAUCGGAAAACGUCCGGUACUCCGAUCUACAAUAUUGCUUCCGGCAGCUGUUUAACUGUGAAAGAUGUACGUAAGGGAUCUACGGUGGGACUAGACCUUUGCGUCAGUUCCCCGCGUAGUACUUGGGAUCUGAUAAGCUCAUGA